AUGCCCGGGGCUGUCCACGAGAUGUCAUCAACACCAACUUCACAAAGCGCUAUGGAUGCAAACGACAAGAAGCGCAAUAAGCUGGGAUAUCAUCGAACCUCUGUCGCAUGUGUACAUUGUCGACGACGGAAAAUUCGCUGUCUUGUUGCGCCAGACGACACUGAAGGACGAUGUGAGAAUUGUAUUCGAUUGCGAAAGGAUUGUCAAUUUUUCCCCGUCGAUCAACAGCCACCCAUUGAAAAGAAAUCAAGACCAAGCUCAAGACUGGAGACGCCUUCUACUGAGCGCUCAAACACUACGCCAAUUGCUUCAUCGCCGACUAACCUGGUCCCUGACACCACCGAAACCUUCUAUCCAUACCCAACAAUGCCAAUGAACACCACAUCCACACAGGACAUUCCAACGUACAACGUUGGCAUUGUUCAAAGUAACAUGCACCUAACACCUGACCGACCUAUGGGACCAGGAGAUUUUGCUGGGCAUCAAACAAUGGAUCCAGGAGUGGCAUGGGACGAAUUUACGACAAUAUCAGACCCGCAAUUAUUGAAUACAAUGACAACCGGAAAGGGCCAGAUGAUGAAUAUGUCAUCCAAUAUGUGGAAUGCAGCAAACAUGCCCUCGGGGCUACCACCACCUUCACCAAUCUCUGCAACAUCUCCAAUGGGAGGCCAAGCGCAGCCGAUGAGCCAUGCACCGACUUAUGCCCUGCAGCCGGACGGAACUGUUUGGCAGGUGCCACCACCACCACCACCACCAAGGACAAUGAGCUACCCCGGACAGGAAAUGAGCUCAGCCUACCCCAGUCAAUUUCACCCACAAAUGCCUACGGAGCUCAAAAGAAGAAUGACAACACCUGCACAGUCGCUGUCUGCUUCGAGUGCCAUGGGCGCCUCAACUUCUCCAGGUCCUCCAGAGAUGACGCCCGGAGCUGUUUCAUACCCACCAGGCAUGAGUUACCCACAAUGGCAGGAUAUGAACGCCAUGUCUGGUAUGGGCGUGGUACCAUACCCUAUGUACGCCAGUGACGCUGUUCCCCAACAUUCUUACCCUCAUAACCCUCCUCCGAUGGGACACCCCGGGGCCUCGGGACGGUCACCCAAUUGA